GUAGAAGUCAGCACGCGAAUGGAACAUUAGUAUAACUACUCUCGCAUGCCGUACCAACCUCCUCGAUCAAAGUUCACUUAGAUUAAUAUACGCCCAAAGUCAAACACUAAUCGACGACACCUUUUGUUUCCUCUGCUUAGCGACACUUACACACCACAGACAAACCCCGCUCGGUCUCCUUUCCUCGCACGAUGGUUUACCGCAUCAUAGUGCUAGCGCCACGCAAGGCCGGCGUCACCCACGAGGACUUCAAAGCCCGAUACGAGCAGCACAUGCACCUCGUGGAGGACAUUUGUGGCCGUGACUUGAUGCCCCUCCGUCAUACGAGGUCGUAUAUACGUCAUGACGGACCGGACGAUAAGCCUGUCCUCCUUGCGGGCAGGGCUGAGGACGUACGGUACGACGCAGUCGUGAAUAUGGACUUCGAAGACGAGGCCGCAUUCCAGCGAUUCAUUGGCGCUUUGUCGACAGAGGACGCUAAGGCGAGGAUUGAUGCUGACGAGGCAGGAUUCUGGGACCGAACCGAGAUGAAAGUCGUGGUCAUUGACGGCAUCGAGGAGACAAUGAAAUAAGGUAAAUAACAUUUAGGGUGAGAUGUUAUGGGCGUGGUAAUUGCUUAGCUUGGUUUAUAUCUUGAUAAUUCAAAUUAUCUUUAGUGCGCUAUGUGGUUCUUGUCUUCCGUCGCUGUUCUGGCUUGUACUUCGGGGGCACAUUACCGAUCGAUUCCUUCCCGAAGUUGGAGC